AUGGAAUUUGAAAAACAAUUAUACAGAAUUCAUGAAAGAAUACUUGCUGGAUAAUUAUUAAGAAAGAUUUUAAGGGUUGGGUCUUAUCUCUUUCCUAUUUUAACAAUUUUGGGAUUAAUUUUUAUUUUUCUAUUAUAAUUCAGAGAAUAAUACAAUCACUUUUUGGAUUAAGAAAACCAUGGUAUAUAUUAUAUAUACAAGAAUAGAGUAUUUCAAUAAUGAAACAAUUUAUAUUUUUAAUAUAACUGAUACUGAAUUAAAAGAAAAAAAUGAAUCAUACCUAUCAAUGAAAUUUACGAUUAACAAAACUUUUCUCUUUAUGAGUAGUGAUUUCUAAAAGAAAUAUAAUUUUUCUGUUGUUACUCAUUUUAUUGAUGUAGAUUUUUACAUUAAAGGAUUUAAUUCUAUUUUGUGUUUAGCAACAGAUUUAGAAACAAUGUUUAUAAUUGAUUUUCUUGAUUCUUAUUAAGAAAGUAACAUUUAAUUAUUAAAUCAAUAAACAAACGAAACUUGGAGUUGGGAUAUUUAAUAAUUUGAUAGUUUAUUAUUAUGAUUAAUAUUAGGAAAUAAUGUUGUUACUUAUGAUGAAAGAAUCUAUACAACUCUUAUCACAUUGAUUAAAUGUGUUUUAGGAAUAUUUCUAUAAUCAAUUUUGGCUUCUAUUUAUAUGAAGAUGUCCAUUAUUUGUGCUCCUAUUUUUAUAAUAUAUAUGGGUAUUACUUAAUAUUCAAUUUUAAAGUUAGUUGUAUGUCAUUUUGUUAGAAUGAAGAUAUAUAGGCACAAGCGAUAGUUGUUGCAUUUCCUUGGGUAGGCUAAUAUUUGAAUAUUUUGAAUAGAAAUCAUAAAUUGAAAUAGGAAUUGCUUAAAGCUUUUAUUUAAAUGUUGAUUUUAUUUUACUUGAUCUAUUUUUUUUAAUUUAGUGGUUAUAGUGGUUCAAUACAAUUAUUCACCAAAAGUUACCCAAGAGGAUUGAGUGAAAACUUUUUCUCGUAAAUAAUUAUAAAUCAAUUAGAUCAUUUCUACUUAAUGAAUUUGCGUGUAUUAUAUUUUUAAGAACAAGAUCAUCCCUUUAUUUUAUUCCUAAAUACAUAGCCCUUACUUAUAUACUAUUUUUGUAUUAUUUUGAAACUACAAUCUAUGGAUAUUACAAUCUAGCAUUUUAAAUUUGUAUCUGUUCAUAAUUUACUAUAUUAUCUUCUUUUUUACUUUAUUUUGAAAUAGCAGCUUUAGAGUGGUCAACUAUCUCACCUUAUACACCAUCAUUUGAUCGACCACGAGUAUUCUACACUCCAUUGUUUAAUAUAAAUUGGAUGAAUGAUAUUCCUACUUUAUGGACUAUGUUCUAUCCUCUUUGUGGAAGAAGGUAUCUAUUUAAUUAUAUUAUAUUAGAUAUUUUUAAAUUUAAAAUUUAGCUCUUGUAGAUAAGAAUUAUAUUUUAUUAAACAAUUUAUUAAAUUAAGAGUAAAAUUUAGAGAAUCCCAAUUUGUUAGCAUAAGACCUUUUACCUUAACCAUAAUAAGUAAUAUAACCAGAAAUUCAAAAUGAUUAAAUAAAUUAGUAGAUUGUAAUUAAUGUAGAUAAUAUACUUGGAAAUGAUUAACCAUAAUAAUAAAAUUAACUUUUGUGA